AUGAUUUAGCCUGGCUUAGUGAUCCAAAUAUGAUGUAUACUGUAGAUAAACACAGUUAUCAAACAUGUUUGAGAUAAUAUUAAUGGUUAAUAAUUUGUUGACACACUUUUGUUUUUGUGUUUUUGUUUUUUGAAGCAAAAAAUCCCCAUAUUUUAUGGUCUUAGACUUUGGUAGAAGGAUUUUUUUUUAGUAAUAAGCAGUCUUUAAAUUUUAAGACAUAUUUUUUCUGUGUAUAUAUUUUUUUUACAUUUUAAUAGACUUUCUUAUGACUAAGUAAACUGCUGGUCAAGAAAAUGCAAAUUAAAGAAAAUGAUUGGCUCUUGCAAAUAGAUGAUAUUCAUUAUGUUUGCUGGAUAAGUCCAAAAUAAUUGUUGAAUCAAAUUCUCCUAAUGGAAUACCUGUUUCCCCUAAUUUUAGGUAAAAAAAAACAGCACUUUAAUCCAGCAGUCCUUGAUUUGCAGCAUUACUUUCUGCCCAAACCUAGCCAGUGAUGUGAACAGUAAAGUUUUAUGUCUUAAAGGACAGAAUAUGAAACCACAUAUGGGUCACAGAAAGGUAUAGAGAAAGGCAGUGCCAAAGAAGAUAUUUUUUCAACAAUUUGGUACCAGGAUUUUGAUUGCAGUUGAUUUUGUAGUACCUUAAAUGUUCGACUAAGUAAGGAGAGAUGCCCUCUGAAGGACCCGAAAUGUGGAGUGUGAUUUAGCAGUGUCCAGAUCACUGAUCUGGACUUGAUGCUGUGAUCCUUGUGGAGCCUAUAGAUGGCCUUGUUGAGGCUCUUGACUUGCUGAGUGAGGCUGAAGUGUUGGGAAUGCACGUCUCCUGGGCCAAAACAAAGAUCUGGGCUUUUGGGGAUUCCUUGAAUGCUGCCAUUGAAACUGUGUCUGUGAAUGAUAAGAGCAUGGGGGGCGAUGGGUUUUCUGAGCAAGACAGUGUGGCGUUCUCAGUAUCUUAGCAUGAAAGUCAGAGUCUUUUGGUCUUUGGUCCUCCCAGUCUUACUAUACUCUUGUUAGGCCUUGAUGUUGACUGAUAGCAAGAGGCUACCGCAGUGCUAAAUCAUAGGAUAGUCUAUCCCUAACCCUCACCAUUUACCCAAUGUGCACAAAGGUAAAGUAAAUCUCGAUAGGCAGCACAAAUCAACAAAACACCGGCUGGAGUCCUUUGUGACAACUUCUCUUCAGCGCAUUUUGAGGUAUUGUUGGCAAGACCGUGUGUCUUAUGCUGAUGUGCUCAGGAGAGCAGGGAUGGGAAGGGCCAGCUGCCUGAUAUGGGAAAAGUAGCUGCACUUUCUGGGCACCUGCUUUCCAGCUCUCUGCAUACUGGGUGCCCAGUGAGCUGGUCCAGAGGUGAUGGCAUGUGUCAUGAGAGGGACCCUUAGAACAAAGAUUUUAAUAAAAAUUAUUUCUUAACUACCUGCCACUUUAAUAACUGUAAAUAAGGGUCUCAGAUGUCGUAGACAAAAUGCAUUCUAACACUCAUGGCCCACUCACAUGUUUUGUUUUCAAACAGAAUGACAUAGAAAACCAGUGUGACCAGUAUGCAUUCAGUUAGAACUAGCACCAGGCUGGGUGCACUUUGUACUAUGCUAUGGGCUGAAUGGCUCAAAGUCUUUUAGAUAUGCACACGAGUUUCAUCACUGUUGACAAUGCCAAUGUGCUCACCAGCACUAAGCAAACUUCUGGUGUCACUGGAACCUAAAUUUUGUUCAAAAAUCUAACUAACAAGACAAUCACACAGCUCUGAUGUUGGUAGCUUCAUGUGUCCUGCAGUCCAUUCAAGUCAAUCAUUACACAUACGGUACACAACUCUUGCGAGUAUUUGGUCAGAGUUUUGCAGCGCUGCCUGACUGCAGAGUUGUAGAGUUCCGAAUAACAGGCUUCAUCAGGAAUACACACGCUUCAUAUCCCAAGUACCACCUCCACAGACAGUUAGUGCUCAGACCAGCUGAACUGCCCAUGGCCCGUGUGCUCUCCCUGCUCCGGCCUCAGCCUUUUCUGACCCUCAUCGGCAGAAGGAAACCUCCACUGUGUAAAAUGUCAAUGGACUCUCGGGCACGCCUAGUGUUUGCAGCUGCAGUGGAAGCUGUGCAGCCAGACACGGUAGUUCGACAGAGUAUAGAGCGCAGGGAAGACUCGGUCACCAUCGAUGGUCACAAAUUCACACUCAAACACAACCUGCACUUGGUUGGUUUUGGAAAAGCUGUACUGGGUAUGGCUGCAGAGGCAGAGAGGCUGCUGGGAGAUCACUUAGUCAGAGGAAUAAUAAGUGUACCACAUGGGAUUCAGAAGACAUUACAGGAGCAUGGGAAACGCAAUCUGCUGUUGAAAGACAACACUCGCAUCAAAGUGAUGGAGGGAGCUAAGAACAACUUGCCUGAUGCUGAUGCCCAAAAGGCAGCUGAAGGGAUCAAGCAGUUAGCUAGUGAACUGACAGAGGAAGACAUUCUGUUGGUACUGAUUUCAGGGGGAGGCUCAGCGUUGUUACCUGCACCCAUCCCACCAAUCUCACUGCAUGAGAAGCUGGAAGUGACUCGCAAACUUGCAGCUGCUGGCGCCACCAUUCAAGAGCUGAACACUGUACGACGGGCCCUGUCUUUCCUAAAGGGUGGGGGGCUUGCACAUUAUGCUCACCCUGCUAAGGUGGUUGCACUGAUUCUGUCUGAUGUAAUUGGUGACCCUCUGGACUUGAUAGCCAGUGGCCCCACAGUUCGGAGUGAAGUGUGGCCUGAGGAAGUUCUGUCAGUCCUUGAACGAUACCAGCUGAUAAACUCUCUACCUGUCUCAGUAAAGGAAGUUCUUGGGAGACCAGGUCCUCGAUGGAAGGAGACUAAGGAAGAAUCCACAGCAUCAGGACAUGUUCAUAACGUUGUGAUUGGCUCCAACAGCAUUGCCCUCAUGUGUGCAGGUCGCCGCGCUCGUGAGCUUGGUUUUCGCCCUGUAGUGGUGGCACCAGGAGUAUGUGGUGAUGUGAAGGUAGUCUCCAGACUCUACGGCCUCCUGGCCCGCUUUGCCUGCUCUCGAGAGGAGCCUCCUCCUGAGAUAGCUGCUGAGAUGCUGAGGCUGGGGCCUGAAGUCGGUGUAGAGAGCUGGGACCUCUGUCGCACCAUGCAGGUGUUGGGUGAGGGGCGCACAGAAGGGUGGGGUGCCACGUGUCUGUUAGCUGGAGGCGAGCCCACUGUGGAGCUGACUGGCAUGGGUCGAGGUGGGAGAAACCAGGAGCUAGCUAUGAGAGUGGGACUGGAGCUGAGAGACCUGGGCGUCCCACCUAAUGGUCCCGUCUUUCUGAGUGGUGGAACUGACGGUCAGGAUGGACCCACUGAGGCAGCAGGGGCCGUCACUGAUGGGGGCUUGUAUGAAGAAGCCCAAGCACAGGGGUUGCACAUGGAAACCUUCCUUAACAACAAUGAUUCUUACACCUUCUUUUCGAGCCUUUGUCGUGGGAAGCACUUACUUGUGCCAGGUCUGACCUGUACUAAUGUGAUGGAUGUGCACAUGCUACUUAUUCCACCAAUUCCCAUCACGAUAAAAUAAUUUAAGAGUACAGUAGAUAAAAUCAACACUUUUUGUGGAUUAAUGAGAGUUUCAGAGUGCUGAAAAUGUCUAUAUGAUGCAUCAUUUUAGAUUCUGAAAUAUUAAACUGCCAAUAUAUUUAACUAAUCACAUUCAUACUCAUUUAGAAAUGGGGGUUAAUUUUCUUACAAAAGCCAUGAUCAAAUAGGGGUUUAUCAAAUAGUCAACCGUCCAGCUGAACAAAUAAUAAAUAUAAGUAAAUGAUGAAUAAAAUGUCACAAGUUAUGCCAGUUAUGAGCAGAGCACAAAGGAAAUAAAACAAUUUCUAGACUGCCAAUUAUCUUGUUGUUUUUUGAAUCCAGAGAUGUCAGUUUUUAUUUGCUAGCACUCACUCAAGCCAUUAGCCAGCUUAUAUUCCAGCCUUCCUGCUGGUUUCUUCUGGUACUAAAACAUACCCAAAAUAGGUUGGUUGUCAUUUAUUUAACUUGACAGAAACUAUGUAUAUUAAUACACAUCACAAUAAAUAAACCCUGCAGUACAGUGUUCUUCGGAUUUGCAUACCUUUUAAUUCCUCUUGUGGUUAUUCAAGAUUUUCAACCAAAGUCAAUGUUCCUUACGCACAAGAGAAACAGUUUUCAAAGGUUACGGAAAAAGAAAACACUUUUAUAGGACUAUAUUUCAAU